GGAGCCCUUAAAGAAGAAGUUAAAGGUUUGUGAAAAAGUUCAAGUGAAGUUUGAUCAAACAGCAGAACACAUUAAGGUCCAGGCCCGACACACAGAGACGCAGAUUAAGGAGCAGUUUAAGAAGUUUCACCAGUUUCUAGUAGAGGAAGAGGAGGCCAGGCUGGCUGCACUGAGGGAGGAAGAGGAGCAGAAGAGUGGGAUGAUGAAGGAGAAGAUGGAGGCUCUGAGCAGAGAGAUAGCAGGUUUUUCAGACACAGUCAGAGCCACAGAGGAGGAGCUGAGAGCUGAAGACGCCUCAUUUCUGCACAACUACAAGGCUGCAGUGGAAAGAGUCCAGCGCUGCCCCCUGCUGGAUGAUCCACGGCUGCCCCCAGGAGCUCUGAUAGACCAGGCCAAACACCUGGGCAACCUGACCUUCAACAUCUGGAAAAACAUGAAGGACAUGGUCUCCUACACUCCUCUCAUUCUGGACCCAAACACUGCUCAUCCAGAACUCAUCCUGUCUGAAGAUCUGACCAGUGUGAGACGAGAAGAAGAGAGGCAGCAGCUUCCUGACAAUCCAGAGAGGUUUGAUUAUUCCUGCUCUGUCCUGGGCUCGGAAGGCUUUAACUCAGGGACUCACAGCUGGGAUGUUGAGGUUGGAGAGAGCACAGGGUGGAUACUGGGUGUGUCAGAAGAGUCUGUGGAGAGGAAGGGAGACAUAGACUCUGGAUUAUGGCUAAUUUGGUUCUAUCGAGGUGAAUACUCAGCAUCGUCUCCAUCAGCAGAAACUGUUCUCUCAGUAGAAAAGAAGCCCCGGAGGAUCAGAGUGAAUCUGGACUGUAACAGAGGACAGCUGUCGUUCUCUGAUCCUGAUACUAACACACACAUACACACCUUCACACACACUUUCACUCACGGGAUGUUUCCAUAUGUUGAAACUGUGGCUGGUAAAGUGAAGGUGUGUCCGUUGAAGGUGUCAGUGUCAGUGGAGCAGAUCAGUUGAGGAUGAUUAUAUUUCUUAUGUUGUUUCCUGUCAGUGAAUUGAAGCUGUUAAACUGCAGCUGUCCUCCUGCUGCCUCGUUGUUCCAAAGCUCUUUGUUUCUCUUUUAGUUCUCACUGUUUCUUUCUCUUUCUGCUGUCCACCUUUUCACACGGAAAAUUAUUUCACUGUUUCUCACUGAAUGACUCCCCAAACUAGAUUUGAAAUUCUAUCAGAUCUCUAAUCAUUACAAGUGAUUCAUGUUUCUACUUGAUGUGUGUAAAUGGAGAUGAUUUAGUUUGCUGGGAUAUGGACUGACAUGUGUUGAAUGGGA